AGCAUUCUUAAGAAAUCGGUUCGAUGUCACUCGAUAUGUUGACCCAAAACGAAGAAUUUAGGUCGCAACCUCUUCGUAAAGUUUUUGUUACUGUGGGAAGUACAAGCUUUGACGAACUCAUUAUAACCAUCAACAAUCAAAGUUGUCUUGCGGCUAUGCACUCUCGUGGCGUGGAAGAAAUAAAAGUACAGUACGGAAAUGGGAAAGUGUUGCCAAGAACAAGCUACAAAGAAAAACUGAAGAUGGAGUCGUUUCAAUAUAAGUCGUCCAUUGUUGAAGAGUUCAACUGGGCAGACCUUGUAAUCUCACAUGGAGGGGCUGGUUCAGUUUUGGAAAGCCUACGAGCAAAAAAGAAGUUGAUUAUUGUUGUGAAUAAGAAACUAAUGGACAAUCAUCAACUGGAACUCGCCGAAGCCAUGACAAGAAAUGGAUAUGCCAUUUUAGCUUCUACUGAGUCCUUAGUAGAAACAAUAAAGAACGUGGUGAGUCGCCCUUUGAAAUUUGUGUUUCUAACAUUAUGAAGGAUUUCGAAAAACUGAAACCGCUACCUGAACCAAAUGUAUUCCCAGUUGUCAGUGUGCUCUAUCAGGAGCUGAGUCGCUGUACUUGAAUAGUAGGCUACGUUUUGAGCACGGGUGAAAUUGCUGAGUAACUUGUUAUAAUAUUGCGUUUUUUUUCAGUUUUUUACCAUCGAAGUUGUAUUUUUGGGUAACUUUCAUGUGGAAUAAGUUUUGAUAGGUGUAUCUCAAAGGUUUCCGAAAUUUACUAGUCUUAUUGAUCUGCUAUUGUGAUGAUAAUAAGCGAACUUGUAUUUUUUUCGAACUUAUAGUUCAUAAUUUCUCAGGACGUAAAUAGACAUCUUCAAAUGAUUCAUGUGAAGCUUUGUUUGCAAACUAUUAGCUCCAAAUAAGACAUAUGUCUCUUCUGUCUAAAGCAAGAACAGUCAAAAAUUGUUCAAAUGAAUGGAAUGAUUAAAAAGAGAGAUUCGAGU